UUUUUUUCCCGCCUUGAAUUCUAUUUGGCGUUCUUCUCUUCGAAUUGUACUAUAGGGGGGAAUAUUCCCUCUUCUUCCGUACCCCGUGUUAUUCGUGUGUGCUUCGCCUAUGUCUAUCAUCAUGGACAGCAAUCUGCUAGAGAGUCUCCUCGACCUGGAGGAGGACUUUUACAAGGAAGGCUAUGACUUGGGAGCUGCUGAUGGCGCCAAAGCCGGAUAUACCGAGGGAAGUGUCUUUGCAGUGGAAAAGGGCUUUGAGAAAUUUGUGGAAAUGGGACGACUCUACGGCAAAGCCCUGGUCUGGGCCCAGAGACUCGCAGAUCAAGACCCGGCCCAAAAGGCGAAACUAGAUCAAAGCGCACACGAUACAUCAUCUACUUCGGCCUCUCGAUUGGCCCACGAGGAGACGCAAGAGGGGGAAGUGUCUUUCGAACCCUCUGUUUGCGCGGGGAUGGCAACCUUACCCCCCAGCUCACGGCUGGCAAAGAAUCUCGAUACGCUGCUUGAAUUGGUGGAUCCAGCUUCACUGUCCAUGCAAAAUACCGAAGAGGCUGUCAAUGAUGUGGAUGAGCGGAUGAAGGGUGCUAUUAUGAAGGCGAAGCUUAUCCAGCGCGCGUUGGGAGAACGCGAGGAUACUUCGGAUAUUCAUGCGGAUGCUAAAGAACCUCUUGUUUCAGGCGAUGGCACAGGGAGCAUUGAAGAUAUCAGCUCUUUGAAAAUUCGGCACUGAGCUACACGUGGUGAAGUACACAUAAAACUCAGAGGCGACUACUGUCUUAUCUGAAAGGAUUACCCUCGGGGAUAUUUACGAAACAGAUUGCGAAAGCAGUGUUUUUUAGAAAGCCUGACAUGAGGACGACCGGUCCCUCGACAAGUGUUGAAAGCAUUGUUAUACCCGCCUCAUUCGAGUUACCUCGGUAUAGAGCUGUUUGGCUUUCGACUUCCGUUCAUGUAUAUUAGUGAGAAAUGUCGCUGGCAUGAAGGAUAUCAGUCCAAUCCUUUUUCUUCUUCUUCUUCUUCUUCUUCUUCUUCUUCUUCUU